ACCCCUUUGAGCCCUGAGCAGAGGCAGCAGUGCUGUGACCCUCUCUCCAACAGAGCCAGCUCUGCUCCGAGAUGGCGCAGAGACGCAGCCUCGCUGUCCCCUACGGAGCGCCCGUCCUUGCUGUUUCCUUCUUGGCAUGUGUGGCCACAGGUUUGGAACUGUCUGUAAAUAACCACGCUGCUGACUUCACCCUGUCUACAGGGCUCAGCCCUGCCAUCUCCCUCUCGUGCCUCGUACACAACAGCAGCCAGGCCGAGGAGCUGCUCUGGUACCGCGGAGAUGGGCAAGUGGCUCUGAAAGAGGGCAAUAAAGUGAACAUCAGCAACAUCUGCAUAUCCCCCGUCAACCAGUCUGACAACGGAGUCACCUUCACGUGCAGGCUGGCACGGGACAAGUCUGUGAAGGUGUCUGUGAUCCUGGAUGUGCAGUUCCCUCCCCAGCUGAGUGGAGAGGAGACCCUCCAUGUGGAAGAAGAGAAAGAUGUUACUCUGACCUGCAACUCCAAAUCCAACCCUCAAGCCCAAAGCACCUGGUUAAAGGACAACCAGAGCUUGACCCUGCAGCAAAGUCGCCACGAGCUGUACCAGACCAGUGAGGUCUUUCAGCUCUCCAUCAGAAAAGUGCAGAAGUCUGACAACGGGACCUACACCUGCGUGGUGGAAUCACGCCUGGGAAAUGGGACAAGGGAUUUCCACCUCAUAGUUGAAGAUAAAAAACCUGUUUUUCCCAAGGAGGCUGUUAUUGCUGCUGUUGUGGUGGUUACAAUCACAGUACUUUUUGGAAUUGUGGCUCGAAAAGAUAAAAUUUUUAAGUGCUUCAAGAAAUCAAGAGAAACAUCUCUGAGGUGAUUUUUCGUUUCUUCUGUUCAUUUUGCUGCAGCGCCUUUCCACAGGGCAUUGGGGUGGUGGCCACCCAACUCUCUGCCCCUUCCCAAUGAUCCUGUGGGCAUCUCAGCUUCUCCUGUCAGGGCAAAAGCUGCCUGGCACUUGGCACUGCUGCUGCACCUCCGGUCUCCAUGGCUCACCAGGGCUUGGGGCAGCUCCCAGUGCUCAGUGACACACAGCGAAGGUCCGGUGUGAUUGCUCCAGUGCCAUGAUGGGUGGAAAACACCUCCAUCCAUCCCUUCCCCCAACAAAUGUGCCACUCAAGCACUUUUCUCAAGGUCCUGGCAAGCUCUUGAGGCCUCAUCAUGCCUUGGAAUAGUCCAUUACUAAUACUAUCAAUAAACACUGU